GUUCAAGUUCUUUGCCUCUCGCCGUUUCUAGGGUUUCGCGUUCCCCAUCGAAAUGGCGAGAGAUCGAGAGGCUUCGCAGUCGCCGCAGCAGCAGUAUACGGUGGAGGAGCUCGUGGCUGUGAAUCCUUACAAUCCCGACAUCCUCACCGAUCUCGAGAACUAUGUCAAUGAGCAGGUUACAAAUCAAACAUAUAGUUUGGAUGCAAACCUCUGCCUUCUUCGCUUUUAUCAGUUUGAGCCAGAACGCAUGAAUAUCCAGAUUGUAGCUCGGAUCUUGAUUAAGGCUCUCAUGGCUAUGCCAGCUCCAGACUUUGGCCUCUGUCUCUAUUUAAUCCCUGAACAAGUGCAAAUGGAGGAGCAGUUUAAGACCUUGAUUGUUCUCUCUCACUACCUUGAGACAGCGAGAUUCCGUCAAUUCUGGGAUGAAGCAGCAAAACACCGUAGCAUACUUGAAGUUAUUCCAGGUUUUGAGCAAGCAAUUCAAGCUUAUGCAAUUCAUAUCCUCUCAUUAACCUACCAGAAGGUACCCAGGCCUGUGCUCGCAGAGGCAAUCAAUCUUGAAGGUCCAGCAUUGGACAAAACUUUAGAGUAUCAGGUCGCAAACUGUGGCUGGGUCCUCGAGAAGGGUCAUGGUCGAGAUCAGCUUAUUGUUCUUCCACGCAAUGAGUUCAACCAUCCAGAGCUGAAGAAGAACACCGAAGACAGCAUGCCAUUAGAUCAUGUUGCAGGCAUCUUCCCCAUUCUUGGCUGACUUAGCUUUUGCAUUUGAAAACAAAUCAUCUCGGCGUAUCGCUUCUCGUAGGGUUCUUGUAAUGAAACUUUGGAUUUUUGGCUACCAAAUCCACAGUUUGAAAUAUAUCAUUUGAAUGAAUUUGGGAUUUUCAGCAAUUCAAACUCAUGUUGUUCUUUUUGUUAUUAAUUUAUAUAAAUUUUGUCA